ACGUUACGCACAGCUAGCAAUUGGACCACAGUUCGGUGAAUUGGACACAUACCGCUAUUGAAUUUAAGUCAACAUGGCGACCGAGGUUGAGUACGAGUCGAUCUUGUGUGUGAAACCUGACGUUAACGUUUACCGAAUCCCACCGCGAGCAUCGAACCGUGGGUACAGGGCAGCAGAUUGGAAGCUGGACACGCCGGAUUGGACAGGUCGCAUGAGGGUAACUGCAAGGGGUAAAGUGGCAUACAUCAAACUGGAAGACAAAAUAUCUGGGGAGCUAUUUGCUCAGGCACCAGUGGACGAAUUUCCUGGAAUCUCGGUGGAAACUGUAAGCGACUCGAGCCGUUACUUCGUCCUCCGUAUACAGGAUGAGAGUGGUCGCAGUGCAUUCAUUGGCGUUGGGUUUGGGGACAGAGGAGAUUCUUUUGACUUUAACGUCGCACUGCAGGACCAUUUCAAGUGGGUAAAACAGGAUGAUGAAAUCAUGAAGCAGUCUCAGGCUCCUGAAGCACCAAAGUUGGAUCUGGGAUUUAAAGAGGGACAGACUAUCACUCUUAAUAUUGGGCAAACCAGGAGGAAGGACAAGCCCCGUCCCCAGGGUGCAGGUGGCUUUGGGCUCCUCCCCCCUCCACCUGGGGGCAAGAUAGCCCCGCCCCCUUCAUUCUCAGAGAUCUCUGAUCACAACGAAGAAUCUCUCGUGGGAAGCGCAGACACCGGGUGUUUAUUAGAGCUUGAUGGUAAUAACUCCAAUUCUGUGCUGCAGUCACAUCCAAGCACUGAUCUUUGGGGCGACUUCUCUACUCCUGCAAGUUCACUACCUCCAACAGCUCAGAAGGAAUCGUCUUCCUCCACAGACUGGGUUCAGUUUUGAGUCCAUUUCCCCUGUAAUCCACACCCCCCCCCCCCCCCCCCACAUUACAGUGUCUCUGUUUGUUCCCCAGUUAUCCAUCACCUAUUCUCCAUUAUAGACAAUGCCGCACUUGGGCCCCCACCCAGAUUAACCUCUGUGACAGCAGCGUAUGCAUUCCAGAGUGAACAAGUCUGAGAAUGGUGAAAUGUAAAUAAUUAAGAUUAAGAUAUUAAUUCACACACUAAAUAUAUAUCAUAAUAUGAAGUUAAUAUGUACGCUACAAAAUAAUUAUGAUGGUUGCAGUAGAUAAUCGCAGUAAUAAUGUGGCAUAGUAUGUUUAUAAUUUAAUUGCAUAUAAAGGUAGAUAGAUGUAUAUUUUCAGGGCCAAUUCAUUUAAUAGCUCCAGUUUUCUCCCAAUUUAUCUGCCCUAUAAUAAGAACACUAUCUAAUGCACAAAAGUGGAUAUAUUCAUGUUUGAGCUUGACUGAUGAACAUGAAUUAGGUCAUUGAGCACCUUCUUGUGUAAAUUACGUGAAGCACUUUGUUUUCCCUUCUUUUCAGACUAAGCAUAUUGCUUGAAUUGAAGGUCCACGAUGCAGAGUUCUCAUUCAGAGAAUCCCCUUGCCUCAUUAACGUUGCGUAUUUAUGGUGUAUGUGUAUAUUUUCAAAUGUGUGUUUGUUUACAUGUUCUGUCACUUUCGUCCCUCUGUGUCGCCCUCCAGAGGACAGUGCAAAUCAUGAAUACAUGCAAAUCAAAUCAUGUAGUACGGUGUCGUAGGCGUCUCAAGGGAAUAUAUCCUUUUGAGGAAGUUUGUUAGAAGUCAGAGGGUGCGCUUUGACUACGAAGGCAAAAUAGGAUCCCCGUGAGAUUUGAGAUUAUACAGUAGCUGCACUGGAACGAAAGAAUAUGGAUAAUUGCCCAUAUUUGUUGUGUCAGUCUGUUGAAAUCUCUCCCGUUCUGUCACCCCCACUCUGUCUCGUGUCGUUGCUCAUGCAUACUGUAAGUACUGUAUUGAGAAAUGUAAUGCUGCUAAGAGCACAUUGAAGUUGUUUUUGUCUGCAUAUUGUAUGGAUCUUGCGAAACAAAGGGAACACAGUAUCCCUACAAACUUGAAAAAACUGAAAAUAAAAAGGAAAGAUUCACUGAAA